CAUUCCCGCUAGUCGCCGUAACCAGUCUUUUUCUAUCGAGGUAGCAGCCAUGAGCAUGCUCAGGCUCCAGAAGAGGCUCGCCUCCAGCGUGCUGCGCUGCGGCAAAAAGAAGGUCUGGCUCGACCCCAACGAGACUAACGAAAUCGCCAAUGCCAACUCUCGCCAGCAGGUGCGUAAAUUGGUGAAGGACGGCCUGAUUAUCCGCAAGCCCGUCACGGUCCACUCUAGGGCUCGAUGCCGCAAGAACACGUUGGCGCGCCGCAAGGGCAGACACAUGGGCGUCGGUAAGAGAAAGGGUACCGCCAACGCCCGCAUGCCCGAGAAGCUGUCGUGGAUGCGGCGUAUGAGGAUUCUGCGUCGCCUGCUGCGCCGCUACAGGGAGUCCAAGAAGAUCGACAGGCACAUGUACCACAGCCUGUACCUGAGGGCCAAGGGGAACGUGUUCAAGAACAAGCGCAUUCUCAUGGAGCACAUUCACAAGCUGAAGGCCGACAAAGCUCGCAAGAAGCUCCUAGCCGAUCAAGCCGAGGCCCGCCGUACCAAGACCAAGGAGGCCCGCAAGCGGCGAGAGGAGCGCCUCCAGGCCAAGAAAGAGGAAAUCAUCAAGAACUUGUCCAAGGAGGACGAGGGCAAAAAGUAAUCUCGUGUGUGGAAGACUGACCAUUAAAAAAUGUAUAUAAAUACA